GCGGGGACGAGCGGCGAGCGGCGAGGGGCGAGGAGGGCGGGGAGGCGGGGGCCCGGACAUGGCGGACCAGAUCCCUCUGUACCCGGUGCGCAGCGCGGCCGUGGCGGCCGUGGCCAACCGCAAACGCGCGGCCUACUACAGCGCGGCGGGGCCCGGGCCGGGGGCCGAGCGACCCAGCAGGUACCGGCUGGAGGACGAGUCCGCGCCCCUGGACGAGAUGCCGCUCAUGCUGUCGGAGGAGGGCCUGGAGAACGAGGAGAGCGACUACCACACGCUGCCCCGGGCCCGGGCCGCGCGGCGAGGACGCGGGCUGCGGGGGCUGCCGCGGCGGCUCUGCGGGGGCUGGGCGGCCCUGUGCACCAGCUGCUGCGACUGGCUGGUAAACGCCUGCCGGAGACAGAGGGAGCUGCGGGCGCGCACCGUGUGGCUCGGGCACCCCGAGAAGUGCGAAGAGAAGCACCCCAGAAACGCCAUCAAAAACCAGAAGUACAACGUCUUCACCUUCAUACCCGGGGUUCUGUACCAACAGUUCAAGCUCUUCCUGAACCUCUACUUCCUCGUCGUCUCCUGCUCCCAGUUUGUGCCGGCGCUGAAGAUAGGCUACCUCUACACCUACUGGGCCCCUCUGGGGUUUGUGCUGGCCGUCACGAUCACGAGGGAAGCGGUCGACGAGUUCCGGCGCUUCCGGCGAGACAAGGAGGUGAACGGGCAGCUGUACAGCAAGCUCACCGUGAGAGGUAAAGUGCAAGUUAAGAGUUCAGACAUACGAGUUGGAGACCUCAUCAUAGUGGAAAAGAAUCAAAGAAUUCCAUCGGACAUGGUAUUUCUUAGGACUUCAGAGAAAGCAGGCUCGUGUUUCAUACGAACAGAUCAACUCGACGGCGAAACCGACUGGAAGCUGAGAGUGGCCGUGAGCUGCACGCAGAGGCUGCCAGCCCUGGGGGACCUCCUCUCCAUCCGUGCGUACGUCCACGCCCAGAAGCCGCAGCUGGACAUCCACGGCUUCGAAGGCACGUUCACCAGGGAGGACAGUGACCCGCCGGUUCACGAAAGUCUCAGCAUAGAAAACACCUUGUGGGCCAGCACCGUGGUGGCCUCAGGUACUGUGAUAGGUGUUGUCAUUUAUACUGGGAGAGAGACUCGGAGUGUCAUGAACACGUCCAACCCCAAAAAUAAGGUGGGCUUGUUGGACACUGAGCUCAAUCAGCUGACCAAAGCGCUGUUUCUGGCUCUGGUUGCCCUCUCGGUUGUCAUGGUAACCUUACAAGGCUUUGCUGGGCCGUGGUAUCGCAAUCUUUUUCGGUUCCUCCUCCUCUUCUCCUACAUCAUCCCCAUAAGUUUGCGUGUGAACUUGGACAUGGGCAAAGCAGCGUACGGGUGGAUGAUGAUGCGGGACGAGAACAUUCCCGGCACUGUCGUCCGGACCAGCACCAUCCCAGAGGAGCUGGGCCGCCUGGUGUACCUGCUGACGGAUAAGACAGGCACCCUCACCCAGAACGAGAUGGUGUUCAAGCGGCUGCACCUGGGCACCGUGUCCUACGGGACAGACACGAUGGACGAGGUCCAGAGCCACGUCAGGAGCGCCUACGCACAGCUGCACUCCCAAGCUGGCGGGAACGGUGCCAGCUCGACGCCACCGAGAAAAGCCCAGCCCCCAGGCCCCCGAGUCAGAAAGAGUGUGAGCAGCCGCGUCUACGAAGUGGUGAGAGCCAUCGCCCUGUGCCACAACGUGACGCCCGUGUACGAGUCUGGGGCCGGCGUGACAGGGGAAACCGAGUACGCGGAGGCGGACCAGGACCUCAGCGAUGAGAACCGCACCUACCAGGCCUCCAGCCCCGACGAGGUGGCCCUGGUGCGGUGGACGGAGAGCGUCGGCCUCACGCUGGUCAGCAGAGACCUCACGUCCAUGCAGCUGCGGACGCCUGGCGGCCAGGUCCUGACCUACCGCGUCCUGCAGCUGUUCCCCUUCACCUCGGAGAGCAAGCGCAUGGGCAUCAUCGUCCGGGACGAGUCCACGGCAGAGAUCACCUUCUACAUGAAAGGGGCCGACACCGUCAUGGCCGCCGUCGUCCAGUACAACGACUGGCUGGAGGAGGAGUGCGGGAACAUGGCCCGCGAGGGCCUGCGCACCCUGGUGGUCGCGAAGAGGGCGCUUACCGAGGAGCAGUACCAGGACUUCGAGAGCCGCUACACGCAGGCCAAGCUGAGCGUGCACGACCGGGCGCUGAAGGUGGCCGCGGCGGUGGAGAGCCUGGAGCGGGAGAUGCAGCUGCUGGGCCUGACGGGCGUGGAGGACCGGCUGCAGGCGGACGUGCGGCCCACGCUGGAGCUGCUGCGCAACGCGGGCAUCAAGAUAUGGAUGCUGACGGGCGACAAGCUGGAGACGGCCACCUGCAUCGCCAAGAGCUCGCACCUGGUGUCCAGGACGCAGGACGUGCACGUCUUCAGGCCCGUGGCCAGCCGCGGGGAGGCCCACCUGGAGCUGAACGCCUUCCGGAGGAAGCACGACUGCGCGCUGGUCGUGUCUGGGGACUCCCUGGAGGUGUGUCUGCGGUACUACGAGCACGAGUUCGUGGAGUUGGCCUGCCAGUGCCCCGCCGUGGUCUGCUGCCGCUGCUCGCCCACGCAGAAGGCCCGCAUCGUGCAGCUGCUGCAGCAGCACACCCGCAGGCGCACCUGCGCCAUCGGUGACGGAGGAAACGACGUGAGCAUGAUCCAGGCCGCGGACUGCGGGAUCGGGAUCGAAGGGAAGGAGGGGAGGGCGGCCUCGCUGGCGGCGGACUUCUCCAUCACGCAGUUCAGGCACAUCGGCCGGCUGCUCAUGGUGCACGGGAGCAGCUACAAGCGGUCUGCGGCGCUCGGCCAGUUCGUCAUGCACCGGGGCCUCAUCAUCUCCACCAUGCAGGCCGUGUUCUCCUCCGUCUGCUACUUCGCGUCCGUGCCCCUGUACCAGGGCUUCCUCAUGGUCGGCUACGCCACCGUCUACACCAUGUUCCCCGUGUUCUCGCUGGUGCUGGACCAGGACGUGAAGCCGGACAUGGCCAUGCUGUACCCGGAGCUCUACAAGGACCUCACCAAGGGCAGAUCCUUGUCCUUCAAGACCUUCCUCGUCUGGGUGGUGAUCAGCAUUUACCAAGGCGGCAUCCUCAUGUACGGCGCCCUGGUGCUCUUCGAGUCGGAGUUCGUGCACGUCGUGGCCAUCUCGUUCACCGCCCUGGUCCUCACCGAGCUGCUGAUGGUGGCGCUGACCGUGCGCACGUGGCACUGGCUGAUGGUCGUGGCCGAGCUGCUCAGCCUGGGCUGCUACGUGGCCUCGCUCGCCUUCCUGAACGAGUAUUUCGACGUGGCCUUCAUCACGACGGUGGCGUUCGUGUGGAAGGUGUUGGCCGUCACCGUGGUCAGCUGCCUCCCGCUCUACAUCCUCAAGUACUUGAAGCGCAAGCUCUCCCCGCCCAGCUACUCCAAGCUGACGUCCUAGCCCCAGCCCGGCGGCGCCCUCCUGG